UUUUUUUUUUUGGUUGUAAGAACAACAAGAACAUUUUUUUUUUAAGAAAAAAAAAUGUCUACAAACGUUGCUGAAACCAAAAAAGAAGGACCAGUCCCUGGCUACCAUCAUGCCAGCGGUGCCGUGCACCCGGUUAUACCCACCGAAACGCGGCCGGGCGACUGCGAACUGAAGGAAGUGACCAGCCUCACAAAGAGAACGGAACAGCAAGAGGGAGACAGCGAUGCCGACCGAGCCGAGGUUGUGGUCAUCAAAUCCCGGGCCAAUGCUAAGGGUGUUCUCGAGGAGGACGCGCUCCUGGAGAACGGCAGCCAAAGCAACGACAGCGACGACACCAGCACAGACCAGAGCCAAGUGCUGGCGCCCCCUCUCAAGGAAACCUCCUUCUCCAUUGGGUUACAAGUUCUGGUUCCGUUCCUGCUGGCGGGCUUUGGAACAGUCGGGGCUGGCAUAGUGUUGGAUAUUGUACAGCACUGGACGGUGUUCCAGGAGGUGACCGAGGUGUUUAUUCUGGUCCCGGCUCUGCUGGGGCUGAAGGGGAAUCUGGAGAUGACGCUGGCCUCCAGGUUGUCUACUGCAGCUAAUAUUGGGCAUAUGGACACAGCCAAGGAGAUGUGGGGGAUGAUCGUAGGGAACCUAGCGCUGAUACAGGUCCAGGCCACAGUGGUGGGGUUCCUGGCCUCGAUCGCUGCUGUGAUAUUCGGCUGGAUCCCUGAGGGCCAUUUCAAAAUGGGGCACGCGGUCCUGCUGUGUGCCAGCAGUGUAGCCACGGCGUUCAUUGCCUCCCUAUUACUGGGGUUGAUAAUGAUUGGGGUGAUCGUGGGCGCCAGGAAGAUCAGUAUAAACCCUGACAACGUGGCAACGCCCAUUGCUGCCAGCCUGGGAGACCUCAUCACCUUGGCACUCCUGUCCGGCAUCAGUGGGGGGCUCUACAAACAGAUGCAGGCGAAUGACUACGUGAACACGCUGGUGUGCGCCGUCUUUGUGGCCCUGACCCCGAUCUGGAUCGUUAUCGCCCGCCGGACCCCCUCCACGAGGGAGGUGCUGUACUCUGGCUGGGAGCCCGUCAUCAUCGCCAUGGCGAUCAGCAGUGUUGGGGGUCUGAUAUUAGAUAAAACGGUGUCAGAUCCCAACUUCGCAGGGAUGGCAGUCUUCACACCAGUCAUCAACGGUGUUGGUGGCAAUCUGGUUGCAGUGCAGGCCAGCCGAAUCUCAACCUACCUCCACAUGUCUGGCCUACCCGGCGUGGAGCCCCAGGCUAACCGACCCAAGUGCCUCAACCCCUGCAGUGCCUUCUUCGGAUCAGGUUUGAACUCCCGCUCGGCCCGAGUGCUCUUCCUCCUGGUGGUCCCGGGUCACCUGGUCUUCCUCUACACCAUCAGCUCCAUGCAGGGCGGCCACACCACCCUCACCUCCGUAUUCAUGGCUUUCUACUUGACCGUGGCACUGCUACAGGUGCUGAUCCUGCUCUACAUGGCUGACUGGAUGGUGCACUGGAUGUGGGGGCGAGGGAUGGACCCAGAUAACUUCUCCAUCCCGUACCUCACCUCUAUGGGGGACCUGCUCGGGACCGGCUUCCUGGCUCUCAGCUUCCACAUCCUGUGGCUGAUCGGAGACCGCGACAGCGACGUCGGGGAUUAGACCCACCCCUCCCCAGGCUUCCUGUACCCUUUUUGUAUUUUGUAAUUUAUUACAAUAAUUAUUUUAAUGUCAGUGGGAGAAGUGAAUUCUCAUUAUUUUUCAAUGGGAAUUAAAAAAAAAAAAAUAUUGGCCAUUUUUCUACAGGCUAAAAUGAUAUAGUGCAAAAAAAAUUUAAAAACUGGCAAUAACACACAGAACAGCCUCCUCACACUAGGCAUCCUCUGCCCUGAAGAACUGGGGUUUGAGGAAACCCAUCUUGAGUGUUUCCCAUUCUUGCUUCUCGACCUGCCGGGCACUGUGUUCUCCGAUAGUGUGGGCAUACUUAUUAUACGUGACAUGAAUACGGAUGAAAUCAACCUAGUGUGGAAUUUCAUGAGGAAAUAUUUUUCAUACAUAAUUACUUUUGAAUUGUACCACUUGCUGAAAACUCUGUGUCUUGUAAAGUGCUGCCAGUCUGUUGGCCAGCAUGCUCUGUUCCCUUCAAUAGUAUUCAACUCUGUAGUGCUGACUUUAAUACUGUAAGAGACUUAAAUUCAACAACAGGGUCUGCAUUGGAAAGGACUUGCAGUCAAGACUUUGAAUUGAAGUUUAUUUGAGCAUGUCUGAAGUACUCCACUCCCAGCGCGGACGCUGUAAUAUCUGUCCUGUGAUUCUCCAUCUGCUGGAUAAUUCAACACUUUACAACUUCCUGGGGCUGAUUUACCCCAAAGGAUCCAAGCUGCCCUUCCCUUAAACCUGCACCUUCAAUGAAUGGGAUGGGGUCCCAGGACCAGGGUUGGGCUGUGAUUUUAUUAACUGCUCUCACUGAUACCUGAAUGAACCUGCUUCAUGCGUGAAUAACUGGAAUAGCAUCUUCACAACUGGAAUGGUUCCUGAGACUGGUUUUGGAUAGUGGAGACGUAGCGUUACAAAAAAAGGCUUGGAUGAGAUGUUUUAUUUCAAAUGUGUGUAUGUAGUUUGAUUUGAUUUUAAAAUCUCAGCAAUUGAUUGUCACACAUGGCUAGUGAUCAUAUUAAUCUAGAUAUGUGUAUUACGCAAAAAAAAAAAAUAAUUAAGAAUUCAUUUGUCUUUAAUUUUAAUAAUAAUUCAAUUUAUUUAAAUAAAUCCCUAGAGGGUUUUAAUGGGCAUUAGUAAAAGAUGAACUUAUUUUACUUAGAAGUAUUCUUAUUUAUUUAUUAAAGUUAUUUAAAUUUUAAUUGAAUCAAUGCUGCCAAAAAGCAUCUGGGUGAUUGUGGUUGUAUUGAUGUGUUUAAGAUAUUUUAUAAUGUAAUUUGGGUGGAGAACGUACACUCUUUAUGCAACAGUGCCACCUGCAGCCAACAGGGUGUAAAUACGUGUUUGAGGCACAAUCCAAUUGAAACGUCUUAUUAUGAAUAGGAACUUUGGCUCCUGUGACCUGUUUUGUUUUUUUUUACAGUUUGUCAGACAUUUUUGUAUAUAAAAAGAUAAGUUCUAACAGUAAUUAGUUGUUUAUUUGAAUUAUGAUUCCUGUACUGUUCCCCAGUGUUUAUCAAAAGAGUUGUCAGCUGUUGUCAUUAAUGAGACCUCAGUUUCUGUCAGAAGCCAAUCCAUUGAAUCCCUCACUGAGGCGAGGUUCCAAACCCCUCCCACAGUGGAUAUGAUUGGGUGCUCAGAGUUCUGAGAUACUGUGGAUCUCAGAAAGAGGGGUGGUGUGUGACGUCACCUUCCAGCCUGGAAAGCAAUUACCUGUGAAACCUGCAAGAUAACAGAGAAAGAGCCACGACCAGGUAAGGGCUAAUAAAACGUUUAAAAAGCGGCAGUAUGAGUGCGAGGGUUGUCUUCUUGCCUUUGUUUCUGUGGGUCCUUUGUGUUGCACGCUGGAAAGGUAUGCAUCUCAACCCUGCCCGGACGUGUGCAUGGAUGUCUACAGCACGGUGCUCUUAAUGUUGAGCGCUGAUAAUUGAAGACUGCACAACUGCUGUACUUAUAAAUUAUCUGAAUAAUAAAUCUUAAAUAUUUCUUA